GGUCGGGGCAUCAUUGGUGACUUUGCCAGAUAUUUUGGUUUUGCUGUCACCGUCAAAUAUUGUGGCCGAGACAACAUUAAACUUUUUUUUAUAGAAAAGGGCAUUCUAAGACUGGAGUGGGGAAAUUUUCCAUUCAGAGGGGACUGGUUUUCACACCUCUACCAGCCAUUGAUAAGAUACCAGAACCACCAGCAGAGUAGAAUGAGAGAGGCCCAGCUUGGAACACAUACUGUGAGAACUCAUGGGGUUACAUUGGCAAGAAAACAUAUGCAUGACUGGCUUAUACUGAUGCUUCUUGCAGCAAUAGUAGUUAUUCUCAAUGUCAUCAAUCCGUUUUACCGCUAUGUUGGGAAAGAUAUGAUGGCAGAUCUCAAGUAUCCAAUGAAAGAGAACACUGUUCCUGUAUGGGCUGUGCCAGUGUAUGCCAUCCUCUUGCCAAUGGUCGUCUUUCUACUCUUCUAUUUGCGUAGACCAGAUGUCUAUGAUCUUCAUCACGCCAUUCUGGGGCUCUUAUUCUCUGUCCUGGUAACUGGAGUCAUAACAGAUGCCAUAAAAGAUGCCGUUGGCCGCCCUCGACCAGACUUCUUUUGGCGUUGUUUUCCAGAUGGAAAAGAUGUUUAUGAUCAGUGGGGAAAUGUAGAAUGCCACGGGCAGAAAGAUAUCCUUAAGGAUGGACGCAAAAGCUUUCCAAGUGGGCAUACUUCUUGGUCAUUUGCUGGUCUGGGUUUCUUAUCACUGUACUUGUCUGGGAAAAUUCAAGCAUUUGACCGUAGAGGCCACGUUGCAAAGCUUUGCAUUGUUUUCCUUCCCCUGCUUGUUGCAUCUCUUGUUGCCAUUUCAAGGGUAGAUGACUAUAGGCACCACUGGCAGGAUGUGUUUGCUGGAGGUCUCAUAGGUCUCAUAGUGGCCAUGUUCUGCUACUUGCAGUUCUUCCCACCCCCAUAUCAUGUGGACGGUUGGGGGACGUACGCCUACUUUAGGGUUCUGGAGGAAAUACAUGCCAGCACGCAACCAACCAAUGCUCUGAAUGCAGAAGCUCAAGAUGAAAACCACCAAAAUGAAAGCAACAAUGCAUCCAUGGAAAUGUCUUCGACUGCUGAUCCUGGCACAGCAGUUGAAGAUCUAGAAUCUGGUCGGAGAGAAACUUGAGCAUUUUCUCUGUAGUUAUUAGGUUGAAAUUUUUGUUGCUUAGUGGUUUUAAAGCUGGAGGAGUUGAUACAGUCGUGUGUGUGGAAAAAUUUUCCCACUUUCCACCUUGAAUUCUUUUUUUUGUCAGCAACGAUACAUUUGUAUAACUUACUCUAUCCUAAUCUAAGGGGGAGGGGAGC